AUGACCGAGUCCGAGCGCCGGAGGAGAAGGAGGCCAGCUGUUUCAUGCUCUGUUUGCAGGAAGCGCAAAAUCAGGUGCAAUCGAGAAUCUCCGUGCAACAAUUGUCUUCGGUCCAAAAAUGCGGUUUGUGUCUACGAAGAAUACCCUCCUCCGGUUCCGCGGCGGCAACCGAAUCAUAAUGAGGACCACGAUCCGAGUCAUUCUGUCCAAGUACAACAUUCUCCAAUAUCCCUCGAGGGGGUUUCUGCUAGUAUCGGCGGGACAUCGACAGUGUCAUGUUCUGGGCCGCCUUUGGCAAGUUCGACCAAUGCCUCGACACCGGCCAGUAAGCCCUCAGAUGACGAUGUCGGGUUGAUGAAGACCAGAAUCAGGGAUCUUGAGAGGCAGCUGUCUCAGGCAACAGGAAACACGAAUAACGCUUCAGCGCAGAAUGCGCCUGCUUCUGUUGCCAAUGCAGGUCGGGGCUUACUGGAGGCAUCACAGGACAGGAUCGAAAACGGCUUGUUCGGGGCUCCUAGAAUGUUCGGACGCACCGUGCUUCACAAAUCUCGCCAAUUUGGUCAGAGUCACUGGAUCAAUGGUGUCUCAGUGUUUCUAGAUUUGCUAGAUCUUCUAGAGCCACACAUACGAAAUGGGCACACAGCGAUCCCAGCUGCUAUACAAAAGUGUAAAUCUCUGGCAAAAAUCAUCAAGUCAGGGCGGACACCACCCUGGCCAACACCGCUGAGCGCAGAUCUACCUCCAAAAGAUGUCGCCGAUCAACUAGUGGAGCGUUACCACCGGAUAAUCGAACCCUUUUACAGAGUCCUACAUAUUCCUACAUUCAUAAAGCACUAUGAAAGCGUCUGGAUGUCGAACAACCACCUCGAGGCUGCAUUUAUGGUUCAGUUGAAGCUGGUCCUCGCGAUUGGAUCGACCACGUACGACGAACAAUUCUCUCUGCGUGCGCCGGCCAUCCGAUGGAUCUAUGAAGCUCAAACCUGGCUGUGCACGCCUAAUUCAAAGACACGGUUGAAUAUUCAGUCUCUGCAGAUCAAUAUUCUGCUGCUUCUUGCGCAAGAGAUAGUGGAUGUAUGUGGAGACUUGACCUGGAUCUCCGCCGGGACGCUAUACAGGAGAGCAGUGUACAUGGGAUUGCACCGUGACCCUGCGGGCCUGCCGAGAAGGACGACUUUCGCAACCGAGAUGCGACGGCGGUUAUGGAACACGAUCCUGGAGAUUACACUUCGAUCAAGUAUGAACUCUGGAGGCCCUCCGUGCAUCUCCCUUGACGACUUUAAUACGAAACCUCCGAGCAAUUUCGAUGACGAUCAGCUAGAAGCCCACUCUCCUUCUCCCAGACCAGAAGGCACAUUUACCCAGGUGUCCACCGCUAUUGCCCUUCGCAAGUCAUUUCCGCAACGUCUAGCUGUCGUCAAAUUCUUGAACGAUCUCGAUUGCCAUGGAAGAUACGAAGAUAUGCUGCGACUUGACAGAGAAUUAAGGGCGUCAUACAAGGCCAUGUAUCGAACGCUUCAGGACUUCAGGAUGUGCACUGGGCGCUCACCCUCGCAGCAUGACUUCUUGUUUACGGAUCUGGUGAUGAACCGUUACCUUUCAUCCCUCCACAUACCUUUCUUUGAGCGAGCCAUGCACGAAACCGCUUAUGCAUUCUCCAGAAAGGUCUUGCUGGAGACGUCGCUCAAAAUCUGGUAUUCGGCAUACCAACCAUCGUCAGCCGACCCAGGUCAAAUCCGCAAUGACAACCCCUCCUCGAGUGUGGACGAUUUGGCACGUCUCGGCAUCUGCGGCACUGUAUGCUUUCAAACUGGACCGUUUCAGGCUGCAUGUCUCAUCUCAGCGGAGCUUCGGGCACAGCUGCAAGAACAGGAAGGCCUGAGCUUCACGCCUCCACGUCCAGACCUGCUUCCCGUAGUCAACAAUGCGGUGAACUGGUGCCUGCAAAGCAUCAAGAUUGGCGAGACAAACAUGAAAGGCUAUUUGUUUUUGUCUAUGGUGUCUGCACAAAUCGACGGACUCAUGCGCGGUGUUAAGAAGGACGACUUCCCAAAGUUGUUGAUCAGAGCUGUUGAGGGAGCCAUAGAGACAUCACUGUCGAUCCUCGAGGCGAAGGUGGCCCAAAGCCAAAGCCAGAUAGAGGAGACUGGAAAAGGCUUUGAUCAACCGUCUCUGCUUCCGUCUCUUGAAUCGACGGAUGGAUACGAUUUCAUGACACCCGACGGCCUAUUCGACUUCGGUGAGCUGAGCACUUUGGAGUGGAUGCUCGACGAUGAAUACUACCUGCCAGAAGCACCUAACUGGUAG